GUCUCUUGAUAAACGCCAGCACAUCGUAUAAAUAAGGGACUGCGUCUGUCGUCAGACCUCAGUGUCCGUAACAACAGCAGCAGAGCACCGCGUUUCAAAAAUGGCAGUCAGUAGGGCAUUGUUCGUGACUGUUGCAACACUCCUUUGUUUCACACAGGUCCUGGAGGCCGGUAGGGUGAGACGCUCAACGGACACGAGUUCCGCCGUCAACCAGCUGCAGGAAGCUGUAACCAAGGCACAACAAGCUGUCAGCAGCGUGGCCACCGAAGUGUCACAAGCUCUGGGGCUGCCUGAGCCCGAGACCGUGGCCAACACUCUGCAUAAUCAGUCCCUGAGCUUUGCACGCACAGUGGGAGAGUUUGUCGGACAGAUCCAGAACGAGGCUUCAACCCAACAGGGUGCAAUCUCCAGUCUCCUGCAGUCGGUUGCAGCCAAAUGGAACGAGACCGCUACAAACCUGCAGACCGAGAAUCCCGAAGUGACAAGAACCGCUCAGGACCUGCAAACUUCAUUCAGUUCCGGACUCCAAUCCUUUUUUGAGGAAGCCCAAAAGAUUGUAAAUGCAAUCACGCCCGACGCACAGGCGGCCGGCCAGAACUUGCAAGAGAUCACCCGCACGGCUUUGGUGGGGUUGUCAGCCCCACGUCCAACCCCCAACAAGGAGGACCAGACCUCCGUAUUUACAGCCCCCGGAGGUAGGGUGGCCCAGCUAUACCCCCAGGCACCGGGCAGCUCGAGUACCUCGGGGGUGCCAGUCCCCGUACCCACUGAUGUAGGUCCCUGA